AUGACCCCAGUGAUGUUGCAAUGGGCGAGUGAGGAAUUCAUUCACGUUUAUGUCACUGUGUUCGAUGUAUUCACUUAUUUACACUUGGUGCAUUCACGUGACGUCACCGCGCUUGACAUAUUCACUAUUAUUCGGCAUGUCGCCGUAAAAUUUCAAGCAAGUCUUGGUCUGGAAACAUUUCGUAUCGAAAUUUUUUCAGUACAUAAUCAAAAGAUUUCUGGAUCAGUUGAUGUUCCUGUUCACAUUGUGGAAACUGUGCCAAAAUUCAGUCAAAGGCAAUGUCAUCAAUUGUUGCCAACAAGCACUGAUCGUUCUUUCAUUCGUGAUAGCACAAAUUCAACACAGUCUUUACCAUUUUUCCGAGCACGUUUUGAUGUAACUUCACCUUUGGUAAUGGUAUGUGUUGGUGCAGUUGCUGUGUGUGCUGUUGCUUUAAUGCUUCCAACUGAAGGAUUAGAUGUAUCAACAGUAGUCCCAAAUUGGUUACAUCUUUCCGUUCAUCUUAAAUUAGUUUUCGCCUACAUUUUAGGUCUAGUUACAUUGGUAUUGCUAAGACCAGGUUGA